CCCCGCCCCCGCCGCGCCUGGCCGAGCCGAGCGGAGCCGCGGGCGCUGCGGGCGGACAAGAUGGCGGCGCCGGGCGAGUACUUCAGCGUGGGCAGCCAGGUGUCCUGCCGCACCUGCCAGGAGCAGCGCCUCCAGGGCGAGGUCGUCGCCUUCGACUACCCCAGCAAGAUGCUGGCGCUCAAAUGCCCCUCUUCCAGUGGCAAGCCCAACCACGCAGACAUCCUGCUCGUAAACUUACAGUACGUGUCAGAAGUGGAAAUAAUCAAUGACCGCACGGAAACGCCUCCCCCUUUAGCCUCCCUCAACGUCAGCAAGCUUGCCAACAAAGCACGGACGGAGAAGGAGGAGAAGAUGAGCCAGGCGUAUGCAAUUAGUGCUGGUGUCUCUCUGGAGGGGCAGCAGCUCUUCCAGACCAUCCAUAAGACCAUUAAAGACUGUAAAUGGCAGGAGAAGAACAUAGUUGUGAUGGAAGAAGUCGUCAUUGCCCCUCCGUACCAGGUGGAAAACUGUAAAGGCAAAGAGGGGAGCGCCCUGAGCCACGUACGCAAAAUAGUGGAGAAACACUUCCGGGACGUGGAGAGCCAGAAGGUCCUGCAGCGUUCACAAGCACAGCAGACACAGAAGGACACGUCCCUGUCAUCCUGAGGCCACCUGGGGCUCAGCCCGUCCCCAGCGCUGCCGGGGGCACCUUCAACUUUUUUUUUUUUUUUUUUUUUUUUUUUUUUUUUUUUUUUUCUUCCUUUUUUUUUUUUUUUUGGGGAAAUCUCAACCGAUUCCAAACUUUAGACUUUAAAACAAACGAGAAAAGAGAAUAAUUUAAAGCUCCUCACGCAUUACUUGACUAACAGACUUUGUUUUUUCCGCCAUGGUUUCUCCCUCCAGCCGGUCAGACU